AUGAGGGUCAUCAUCCCACUGCUGGUGCUGCUGUUCUCCAUGUGUGGAGCUCAGACUCAGAGCACCCAGACUGAAGUUCAGACAGAGAGCCAGAGCACUGGGGCUGCUGCUGCUGCAGUUACUGAGCCAGUAGAUAUAUAUGCAGAGCUCAGGGAACUCAGAGACAUGGUGGUGGAGCAGAGAGUGCUGCUGACUGUCGCCCAGAAUGAGCUUCUGCACACCCAAAUACUGCUGCACACAAUGGGGGCUGAACUGAAUAAAAUGGAGACUGAGAAUGAUGCUCUACACACAGAGGUGGCCAUACUGAAGGAAUCUGCUGUACAGAAAGAUGAUCUGAGAUCAGUUUCCGAGACACUGGCAGCCACUGAGACUGGCAUGGAGCACCUGAAGGAACAAACUGCAGCACAACACACAGACGUGACCACUAUGAAGACUGAAGUGAUGAACCUGAAGAUGGAAAAUGCAGCACAAGACACCAGACUGUCUGCCAGUGAGACUGAGGUGGAGAACCUGAAGAUGGAAACUGCAAUCACAGAGCAACCCAAGGUGGCAUUCUCAGCAGGGCUGGGUAAUUCAGGAUUCAUAGAGUCUGGGAAUACUGAGUUGAACGUGGUCUUUCCUAAAAUCAUCACCAAUUUUGGACAGGCCUACAGCAGCACGACAGGCUUCUUCACAGCUCAAGUCAGGGGAGUCUACUACUUCAGAUUCACUGUUAGGGAUUAACUAGAUACACGCUAUAUGGAUAUCAAGAUGUUUAAGAAUGCAGAGCAGAUCAUGAGUUCAGCAGAGUAUGGAACUGAUGGACAUGCCACCUAUCUGUCCAGUGGUGUGACUCUGCAGCUGGAGGAGGGAGAUGUAGUUAACAUGCGACUCCCUGCAGGCCACAGGCUCUUUGAUGAUACUAAUAAUCACAGCAUCUUCAGUGGCUUCCUGCUGUUUCCUCUCUGAAUGGAACA